CUCUCUCACUUUUUCUUCUCACUUCAUAAACUCUUUUCCUCUCUCCUCUUCUUAAGUUAAAAACAAAAUAUAAAACAUAACAAAAAAAGUUUUUCUGGCCUUUGGCUCUUGUUCAUCUCGUUUAACUGGCCUUUGUUUUUCUGUAACAGAAACAAACCAAUAAGAGGCCACGGAAGAACAACAGAAAAAGUUUUUUUUUUUUUUUUUUUAUAUUUGUUUUGUUUACAAAUAUUGUGAUCCUUUAUAUUUCGUUCCUCUUGAUAAGUAUUCUUAUUCUUCUGUGUUUUUGUUUAUUCCCUUUUUGAUCACCCUAUUGGACUAUCACCGUCUCAUUCAUCGUGGGUUAGUGUAGGGUGAAAAAGUUGCUAAAUUUUCGCUGAUUCUUCGAACCCCACUUUUAAAAACGGUUCCUUUCGCUUGUUCUCUCUCUUCUUAUAGAAAGAAGAGACAGUUUCCGUGUAUGUUUUAUUAGCCAAUACAUUUUUUCCCCCCAUCUCUUGUUUCCUCUAUUUUUUUCCCUAGAAAAUAUUGUUGUUGUUAUUAUUUGUGAGGAAGAGUUUUUGAUAUGGAAAAAUAUUGGAUUUUGAGAUGGGUUAUGGUGGUGGGGGUGAUGUGUUGGUGUGUGGAAGGGCUUGGUGUGAAUUGGGGAACCCAAGCAACGCACAAGUUGCCACCAGAUACAGUGGUUCAGAUGUUGAAGGACAAUGGGAUUCAGAAAGUGAAGCUUUUUGAUGCAGAUGAUUCAACCAUGAGUGCUUUGGCAGGGAGUGGGAUUGAAGUUAUGGUUGCUAUUCCUAAUAACCAGCUUGCUGAGAUGAAUGACUAUGGCCGAGCUAAACAGUGGGUUAAGAAGAAUGUCACACGUUACAACUUCAAUGGAGGAGUUAAUGUCAAGUAUGUAGCAGUUGGGAACGAGCCAUUUUUGAAAUCCUACAACAAUUCAUUCUUGAAUGUCACCCUACCUGCACUGCAGAACAUUCAAAAUGCCCUUAAUGAAGCUGGUCUUGGAGAUACUGUAAAGGCUACAGUACCCUUAAACGCUGAUGUGUAUCAGUCUCCAGAGAGCAAUCCUGUUCCAUCUGCAGGAAUUUUUAGGCCUGAUAUCAGUGAACUCAUGACCCAGAUAGUGCAAUUUCUCAACAAGAAUGGCGCACCAUUUACUGUGAACAUUUACCCCUUCUUAAGUCUAUACGGGAAUGAUGAUUUUCCUUUCAACUAUGCCUUCUUUGAUGGGGUAGACAAUCCUGUAAAUGAUAAUGGCACUCCAUACACCAAUGUCUUUGAUGCAAAUUUCGAUACCUUGGUUGCUGCUCUUAAAUCAGUGGGAUAUGGAGACAUGCCCAUAUUGGUAGGGGAAGUAGGAUGGCCUACAGAAGGAGACAAGAAUGCCAAUGCAGGCAAUGCUUUGAGGUUCUAUAAUGGGCUUCUGCCAAGGCUAGCAGCAAACAAAGGUACCCCACGUCGCCCUGGACAUAUCGAAGUUUAUCUAUUUGGACUUAUUGAUGAGGAUGCCAAGAGCAUUGCUCCUGGAAACUUUGAGCGACAUUGGGGAAUUUUUAGAUAUGAUGGGCAACCCAAGUUUCCAAUGGACCUUUCAGGUCAGGGUCAAAGCAAAUUUCUCAUAGGUGCACAGAAUGUGAAAUAUCUUUCUCAAAGGUGGUGCAUGUUUAAUCCAGAUGCCAAGGAUCUAAGCAAACUUGCAGAUAAUAUUAAUUAUGCUUGCACUUUUGCUGAUUGCACUGCACUUGGAUAUGGUUCUUCUUGCAACAACCUUGAUGCUAAUGGGAAUGCCUCUUACGCAUUUAACAUGUACUACCAGGUUCAAAAUCAGGAUCCCAUGGCAUGCAAUUUUCAAGGUUUAGCCAAGCUUUCUACAAACAAUAUCUCAACACCCACUUGCAAUUUUAUCAUUCAGAUAGUUCCUUCUUCAUCCUCUUCUUUGAUGCCUUCACUUGUAGCCUUCUUUUCUGUUACUCUACUCAUUCUGUUUUGGUAGAAUUUUCUUGUACAUACAUUAGAGAUGCUAUUUUUUAUUUAUGGUCUCAUUAUUUCUUGGGAGA